GAAGAUGUUCGUGUUUGUGGAACUCAAGGCCAACCCGCUUUAAGAAGUUCAGCUUCACUUUCUUAAGGAAUGUAGCAAAUACUUCGCUGUACGUGUACAUCUUUGGAUUAAAAGAAGUGUCGUUGGACUAGGACAACGCAAGGAAGGGAAGUUUUCUCGAAUGGGUCAGUGCUCCAGGAAAAGCAGAAACGAACAAUGAAAUAAGCCAAAGUUUUAGACAUUACAGCAGCCAUAGGACAAAAUAAAAUCAGUGUCUGGUGGAGAUUGGAGUCCAUGGUAAGGUUUGGAAACAUGUCCUACAGCGACCAGACCCCACCCAACCCCAGGAGGCCCAACGGCAGCAACUCUGGGGCUCAGUAUGCGACCGCUGCUUUAGGAGUAGGGCUCAUCGCACUAGGGAUCGUUAUGAUUGUGUGGAGCGUGGUGCCGGCAGCUUCUGGAGGGAACAGCUCGAAGCCGGGCAUGAACUCUGGACAAGUUCGGGAGACCUCGUCCGUGGCUUUCGUCCUGGUGGGGGGAGGAGUGGCGCUGCUGUUGCUGUCUGUGUGUUUAAGUGUACGGAACAAACAGCGGGCGGCCAGGGGACAGGAAGCCGGCAGUACACCCUCCAACACACAGGAGGAGGGGGCGACGAUGGAUCAACUAGCUCAUAGCUACACAGUCCCCACUUACGAGGAGGUGGUUACAAGUGGUCAGUAUCCCAUCAGUCAGACCUCUGAGCGCCACAACAGCAUCACUCAGCUGCCAGCCUACGAAGAGCUUGAAGAAGGCCAAAACAACUUAGGAGAUACCUCCAGUCAAGCUCGCAGAUCUUCAUCCCAAAUCGAUCCCAGCACUGGAGCAGGACCCCGCAGAAACAGCCGUCCUGGUCGCAAACUAAUUCCACUCAAAAUUAGGCGCAUUAAAUCCGACAACCUAAGAAGAAAAAGCUUAAGUGAUAUACAACAGAGCAACGUGUUCACUAUUGAACCUCUCACACCUCCACCAGAGUACGACAAUAAGCCUCCUCAGUUUCCUCCAAACACUGAACAAUGACCAAUAUUGGCAUGUCCCGUGAUGAAGUUUGUUUUCACAUUUAUGAAAUGCUAAAGCACUGAAUUGUAUUCUUCUCUGGACAUGUGUUCUGCGCCACAGGAAUACAGAAGAAGCAGUGUUUGGUUGGUUGUACAUUUUGUGUUUGUUAGCCAAAUGCUAAAGCUAAAAACAAAACACUUAAUAAAAUGUUGUCUGUAGCUGAUUGGACUAAAAGCGUACUGGAUAUUCGAGCAUUGUUUACUGAAGAACUUGGUCUUGCAGUUGCCGUUAAACUUGAACUUCUCCAUCCAGACUUUUAUUUCAUAGGACGUCCGCGAGAUUUUGGGAAAUGAUGUGAAAGUGUAAGCUGUGAUUCACAUCGGCACUGUUGCGUUUUUUGCACUGAUGCGUGUGUGUGUUUGUCAGGUGUGAGUGCUAUUUUUGUACAUUUUUUUCCUUGAAUUUGUAUUUUGUGUUGGCUUUAGGUUUCUGUGUUUGUGUGCAAGUAUGAUUGUUCUUGGUGACCUUGUUGCUGGAGUGACAAACUGUGAGGUCAUCAGUAUGUGUCUGCUCAUGGUUUACGACACAGAGAGGUUCUUUGACCCUGCAGCUGCCUUAUAUCACUCUCUCUCACCAACACACACCACCAGAUACAGAGAAUUUCUUGUCUUCCAUUUUCACUUGGAUGCACAAAACACUUGCUCUUUUCAUUCUUUUAUUUUGUAACUUUUUAGUUGAUUUGUGAGAAGACAACUGUGUUUCUUGUAGGGCAGCUGUGGCUUCUUCAUGCUGUAGGGUUCAAGCUAGCUGUCAUCUGUGUGCACCUGCGUUACUCCUCUACACACUUCAGGAUUGUCACAUUAAGACACAGUCCGUUGCUGAUUAAUAUUGAAGUUGAUAUCUCUCUUUUUUUCUGGAAUUUUUGAUGACACUGCAGUUUAAUGUAAAAUGUUGCUGAAUUUCAUGUGCUAUUUAAUGUUUCUAUUGUUGAUUUUGUAAUAUUAUAUUAUGGUUUGACAAAUAAAAAAAUGUUUUGCAUA